UUCAAUUGUACAUCAGUCCAGUAUCUGAAUCCCCCAAAGACAUGAUCAAAGCCUCUUCACUAGAAGGUACCUGGUUGCACUUUCUUCCCUUUUCCUCGAUCCUGUCUCCAUCCGCGCCUGCGCAGCCGACUGGGUCCUUCCCAUCUCCCGGCCACCGUGCUUCUCAUCCAAAAUCAGCCUCGGCAAGCGCCUGACGUAGCCCAUCAUGAGCUCGGUCGACGGGCAGGCAGGCAUCAGCAGCAGCCGAAAUCAGAGUCUCGGAAAUCCGGACCAUCCGAAUGAGUCAAUCGUGGAGGCACAUCCUGACGCCCCGAUCGAAGGGCCUCCUCGCCUGCACGAGUUGCAGGAGGGCAACCCGACCAACCCGUUACCGCGGUUCUUGGAAGAGGAGAACCUUAGCAAGCACUGGCGAUGGAUCCCAUACCCCCUCAGAAAGCUCGGAAGGUCUGCACUUCGAUGGGCGCAGGGGCCAGCUAGUCCUGUCGCGUUCCGCAUCACGCCCCUCUUUCCAACCAUCCAGCACUUUCCAAUAUUCCUCCUCGACAAGUAUCUGCCCAGGAGAAAGCAUCGUAUCUUGCUUUUCAUCGGCUACAUUCUGCUCUGGAUCCUGACCUUCUCCCUGGUCAAGCGGCAUGAGAGCAGCUUGACCGAGCUCAAACCCUGGGGCAAACCACAGGAGAUUGGGUGUGGCAACUAUUUCUGGGGCCGCGGAAACCAGUGCGACCUGAAUGGCAACCGCUGUCGACCUUUCCAGGGAACCGGAUUCGCCUUCAGAUGUCCAGCAAACUGUGCUAGUUACCAAUUAAGCGAGCCGCGCGCAGUGGGCGACCGACAGAUCAACUACCGACCGCUCGUCGUGGGUGGGCCAGUCAAUCAUACGGACAGCUAUGGGGCCUACCGGGCAGACUCCUUCAUCUGUGGCUCGGCCAUACAUGCUGGCGUCAUCUCCAAUGCCGAAGGGGGCUGCGGCGUUGUCAGGCUUGUUGGCGAGCGGUCCAGCUUCAGCGCUACGUGGCGGAACGGCAUCGAGAGCAUCGGAUUCGACUCAUACUUUCCCAAGUCGUACCUGUUUGAGGAGAGUGUGCAGUGCAAAGCGCGGGAUAUGAGGUGGUCCCUGCUGGUGGUUUCGGUCGUCUUCACUACCGUCCUCUCGUUGUUCACCACAUCGCCCUCGCUGUUCUUCUUCACAGUCUUCACCGGCGUUUUCUGGCACGUUGGGCUCGUCUCGGAUGCCCCCAAUCACAGCUCGUUCCGAGAGCUGUUCACCAUCAUCCUAGGACGAUACCUACCCGUCAUGUUCGUGGCCUGGGUCAUGUACGAUAAGAUGGCCAUCCGCCGCACGCUGAAAGGCCUGACCGCGCAGGUCGACAAGACGGUCCUUUGGCUGGGCACCUGCUGGGUGGGCGCACUGGAUAAUUAUACCCUGAGUCCCAACAUUCCCAUCAGCAGGCUCAACGCUCACGACAUACGACAGCAACCUGGCGGGGUCCUCGCCCUGAUUAUCAUCGUCUUUGUCCUAUUCUUCAUUGUGCUCAAGCAGAUCUGGUUCUUCCGUCAAGAAGGCCGUCUUAUCUCCUACGGCAGGCUAUACCUCGGGCUGCUAGGAGGCAUUCUGUUCUGCCUGUUCCUGAGCAUAUGGGAUCUGCACCUCCGCAUCCACCACUACUUCCUCGCCCUCCUCCUGCUCACCGGAACAAGCAUGCAGACGCGACCUGCGCUUCUGUACCAGGGCCUCCUCAUUGGCCUCUUCAUCAACGGCAUUGCGCGCUGGGGCUGGGAUCCGAUCCUGCAGACGUCCAAUGCCCUGCGGAGAGACGGGCAGCUGGGCUCAGUGCUUCCCAAGCUCGCCGACGCACCCGAGAUCCUGGUUGGAUCCGCGGUGUCCAACAUCACGUUUCGGUUUGAGGCGCCGCCUAAGAGGAACAUUCGGUUGGACGGCAUCAGCCUCCUCGUGAACGAUGUCGAACGGUUCAAGGGCUAUUUUGAGGACGACAAGGACUUUGAGGAGGACCGGUCGUUUACGUGGAACAGAAAGGCUGAGCUGGGCUUGAAGGAGUACUUCCGGUUUGCGUAUCUAUAUGGGACGACUACUCUUGAUUACACCAAGGCUGGGGUGUGGGAUGCGGAUUUUGAAUGGGAGCAUAUGAAGCCUGGAGCAUCCAGCCUCGAGAGUCGGGAGGUUUCUGAGGGCAACAUGAUGAUGGUUGAUUGAGAUGUUGUACUCUUGGUGCAGAUGUAUAUUUCCGGGUCUGGAUACCUCUCUGGCGACUGCAGAAUGUAGGAAACAUUCUUUACACACAUCUAUAGCGGGCAAUACUCCGUGAAUAUACUCCAGCCUCAAAUAGUGGAUGAGAGAAACUGUCAAGGCGAAGGAUAUGGAAGCGGAAGAGUCCUCUCCCCCAAGGUGCUGUCAGGGUUAGGGUGUUUCCCUGUCUCUUUGUGUUCAAGCAUUUUCACUUCUUCUCAUAGCUGCAAGUAAAUGACACAGCUCGUGAACAGG